AUUUCAAUUCAGCAUUUCUGCAGCACAGCUGCGGUCAGGAGCUUGCAAUCGCCCUCUGGCUGCAUUGGCUGCCUGUUGCUGCAUUUGCCCCUGCAUUCAACGGAGCUGGCACCUGUUCCUGCUUCCCAGGGCAGUCGCCUUCGGCGACUGUGGUCGAGCAGGGGGUGGCACCAGAGGCGAAAACGAGCGUAAUUUGAACAAGCAGCAAGCAGAGCACGUGUGUGCAAUUUGUGUGUGCAAUUGACCUAGCCAGCAAGUGGCAUCCGUAUUCUGGAGGAUUCUCACUGCAUCUUGUCGCUCAUAGCGGUUGGCACUUCAGGUCUCACCAAAAAGCAUAGCCUUUCAGGACAGAUUUCAAAUAGCAGCUACAGACAUGGCUUUCAUGACAGCACAGACAGCGUCUCACAUGGAGGUCGACCUCUCCGCCAGCUUGUAUGAGGCUGACAGUCUUCCAAGCCAGACCUCUUUCGUUGACCUCAUCAGCGCCGACUCUGACAUGGACCUGGACCCCCAGGAGAAGGAGGAGCUCCUCUACAGCGACGAGCUCACCUUCGACAUCGAGGACCUUGGGUUCGACAACCCCUUCGCCGACUUUGAAGACACCGACCCUCCCCCCCAGGGGGUCCAGAGCUUGCAGGAGGAGUUUGCCCUGGCAGCCGGUCAUCUUGGCCAGUAUCAGCCAUUGGACUUCAGGGUAGACGAGGCUGUGGCAGGGUUUGGAGGGUUUGCUAACCCCGCAGGGGGUUUGGCUCACCAGGCAGCUCUGGUUGAGGAGGAUUAUGUCAGGCUGAGGCGAGCCGAGGGCGGAAGGUACGGGUUUGACAUCGUGAUCAGGGGGGGAAGGGCGUACCCCGUCCUGCAGAACGCCGCGGCGGCACAGGCCCCCCGGGGAGAUCAUGGGUGGCACGAUCUGGGGCAUCCUGUGUGGCAUGGGGGUCAGGAACAGCAGCAGCAGCAGGGGGGUCAGGAGCAGCGGCGGCGGCACGGAGUUUUUAGGGGGGGUAUCGGUGGUGACGAGUUUGAGGGGUUGCUCGGGAUUGGUGAGGCGGCCCUGGUUGGAGAGGAUCCUGUUGAGGGUGUUGGCGUCUGCGAGCAUGCACCCCAGGCCCAGGAGAAUGGGGUGCUCAACCCCGCGAAUAAUGGGGGCGAGCUUUAUAUCGACCCCCGAGAUCAGGCAGAUUGGCGAGACGACCACCCACAGCGCAUCAACUUCGACUUCGCAGCAGCAGCAGCAGCAGCCGCGGCGGCGGCGAAUGACAUCGCGCCAGCUGGGGCGCGCCCUCCACCGCCCCCCCGGCCCGACCUCCCGCCCCCGCACGCUAUUGCUGCAGCUGCGGUUGACGUCCUCGCCAGCCGUCACGUUUCACUAGAGGAGACGUGGUCCCAUUUUUCAACAAGCACGCGCCGGCUGCAGAGCUUUCUCGCGUCCGUGAUGUCCUCGUCCAGGCGCCACCUGGCAAGCACGCCCCAGAUUGCGGCCCUGCAGGAACUAUUCGCGGACGGAAUCGCGGCGCGCGCGGCCCAGGAAGCGUACUCGGGCAGAGAACUAGGCGCGGACUGGUUUGCAGCCGCUGCUCAGCCGUUUGGCGGUGCACAGGAAGCGUUGAUGAGGCAGGUCGGGGGCGUUGUUCUGGACCGCCCGGUGAUUGGAGACGGAGUCGCGUUGGGCGGGGCACAGGAGCCGGUGACGAGGCGAAUCGGAGGCGUAGCUUUGGACCGUCCGAUGGUCGGAGACGCAGCCGCGUUUGGCGGCGCACAGGAGCCAUUGAUGAGGCAAUUCGGGGGCGUCCCUUUGGACCGUCCGAUGGUCGGAGACGCAGCCGCGUUUGGCGGCGCACAGGAGCCGUUGAUGAGGCGAUUCGGGGGCGUCCCUUUGGACCAUCCGAUGAUUGGAGAUGCAGCCGAGGUGCUGCGCGUGGAGCGGGAGCUUGGUGCCGCGCGGGGCCUGGUGGCCGACAUGGCUGCGGCGUACGGGCCAGCUGUUCCCGUCAGAGGAGAGCUGGUGUUCAUUGGCGGUCGUGGCCAGGAUGGGCGCGGCUGCCAGCUGGCAAAUAUUGCCCGCAACACUGCGCUGAGUAGUGGGCUCGAGACUUCUGCCUCAAAACGGGCCAAGUACGCGCUCAAGAUGAAGAACAAAACCAUGAAGCGGAACCCAACCGCCGUCCUGACGGCGUGCAAGCUGACGCUGCCGUCCGUGUUUGCGACGCUUCCCACUGUCGCGGUCUGCUGAGAUCAGCAACCAACCGUUGCGGUCUGCUGACGUCUUCCGCUAGGUUGUUGACUUUGAGAAUGUGUUUGUGCGGUCCUCAGGCAAACCUGUAAAAAGGGUGCGACAGUGGUGGUCUGGAGCUCGAAUGAGAGGGAGGGGACAGGAUCGGAUAGGUGGUUGUAGACAACGUGGACAAGAACGUCAAAACUCUUCUGGCCUUGGAAUGGCCAUCUGCUUGCUUCGAGGCACAGUACAGGGCCGGCGAAAGGGGCCUCUUGGGAGGAGUGCUGUUUUUGUAGUCCGCUCGCUUCGAAGACCCUGGUCGAGAACUCGAGGCCCGGCCUGUAGAUAUUGACUGUUGUAGAUAGCCCGUAUGCGGGUGGUUGUUCGAAGUUCGAGGCGGGAUGGGUACAUAAGGCCUUAUGCUUGCAAAAUAGGUUUCCUUGCUGGCUCCAACCGCUAGGCUGCACUCGUUAGGGUUCUAUGUGUAUGAGAGCCAUUCGGGCGGUGUCACGGGACAAUGAACCUCAAUUACGGCCCGUAAAGCCUAGUCCACCGAUUGCCAAUU